AUGUUUCGAUUUUUUAUAUUAAUCGUGGUACUCGUUGAACUGAUCAAUUCGGAAUUGUUAAGAAUUCCGUUAUAUAAGAUAAACUCUGUUCGAAAAUCGAUUGCCAUUGAUAGUCGAAAUAAUUUGGUUACAAAUACUUCGAAUAGUAAUCAUUCGGCUGAUAUUCCAAAGACAUCACAGUUUAAUUGUCAUAUCAGACAAUACUAUGGCGUUAUCUCAGUUGGAACACCACCACAGAAGUUUAAAGUACUUUUUGAUACUGGUGCCUCAAAUUUUUUUGUACCAUCCAUAAUUUGUGAUAACGUUGCUUGCUUGUCACAUAGUAAAUAUGACAGUAAUAAAUCUCACUCAUAUAUAGAAGUUGGUACUUAUAUCGGACUUGAUUACGCGGUUGGAACGUUGACUGGAUAUUUGUCUACUGAUGUAGUGAAUAUUGCUGGCGUUAAUGUUCAAAAUCAAACAUUCACAGAAGCGGUAGCACCGGAUCCAGAGGCUUUUUCCUUUCUGAUAUAUGACGGAAUCUUAGGAAUGAGUUAUCCCGAGAGUUCUACAAAAGGAGUGCCUCCCGUUUUUACAAGUAUGAUUGAACAAGGCUUAGUGUCAGCACCUGUUUUUAGUUUUUAUCUGAGUCGGCAUUAUAAUCUGUACAGAAAUUACGAUAGUGAACUAAUAUUGGGUGGUUCUGACCCUAUUUAUUAUGAUACCGAGUUUACAUAUGUUAAUAUAACCAACAAAGGGUAUUGGCAAUUUGCCAUGAAUAAGAUAAAAAUGGGAAAUAUGAGUUUAUGUGUGGAUGGCUGUGAAGCUAUCGCCCACACUGGUUUUCCAGGGAUAUCUGGACCAGCAUCAGAAAUCGCACUUAUUAACAAAUGGAUCGGAGUUUAUCAUCGUGGCGCAGAAACAAUUGUAAGCAAAUGA